ACAAUAACGCAGAGAGCUGCCUGCUGAGCGGCGGCCGGGGAUGUCCCGCGAGCCGAAACGAUGAUGAUGGCAACCAAAGCCCUGCCCGCGGUGCGGACUCUGCACCACCGCGCCAUGGUCAAACAGGAGCCGGACGAUGACUCGGACACGGACGAGCCCAACCUGCUGCUGAAGAAGUCGGACAGCGCCGAGGCGCAGAUCAUCCACAGCGGCCACUUCAUGGUGUCCUCCCCGCACAGCGAGCACCCGCCCAAGAAAGGAUACGACUUCGACACUGUCAACGAGCAGGCCUGCCAGACCUACAGCUUCGGCAAGACCAGCACAUGCCACCUGUCCAUAGACGCGUCCCUCACCAAGCUGCUGGAGUGCAUGACCCUGGCUUACAGUGGCAAGCUGGUAUCUCCCAAGUGGAAGAAUUUCAAGGGCUUAAAGCUCCAAUGGCGAGAUAAGAUCCGUCUGAAUAAUGCUAUUUGGCGUGCGUGGUAUAUGCAAUAUAUAGAGAAGCGGCAAAACCCAGUGUGCCAUUUUGUGACCCCUCUAGAUGCAUCAAUAGAUUUUGAUGAGCAUCGGCGGCCAGAAGCCAUAGCUACAGAAGGAAAAUAUUGGAAAAGGCGAAUUGAAAUAGUAGUCCGAGAAUAUCACAAGUGGAGAACUUAUUUCAAGAAAAGGUUACAGAAGCACAAAGAUGAGGAUCUCUCCAUCUUGGUUAAAGAUGAUGAUGUUGUCCCUUGGUAUAACAGUGUGGAUGGGAGAGACACCCCAGUCCCAAUGGAGGAAGAGACUCUUCUGGACAUGGAAAUGCUUAUGGCUGAGAUCAGCGACACAUUAUUUUCUACUAUUUCUUCUCAUCAGCAUAACCCAAAAGAGAUAGAAUAUGCUGGAAAUGCAGACAUGAUCCAACCAGACCUUUUUCCAUUGCAUCCAAACUUGGAUCUGAUGGACACUUUUGAAUCAUUUCAGGAUAUUUUUUCUUCCAAUCGUCUAUCAUCAUCAACCUUUUAUCCUUCUGCUUCUGCUGCGCCUACCGUCCCCAUGUCUGACACUGGUUUGCGUUCUUGUAGUCAGGCAUUGCAGCCUUCUGUCGUAUCGAGUAAUACCCUCACUCCCGUGAACCUUGAUGAGGAGCUAAUACCGUCCCCAGGCGCUCCCUCCAUUGCAUCACACGUCCCAGAAGUGAAGCGGGAACGAGCAGCUAGUUUGGGCAGCAUCCCUAGAACUCAUAGACCAGUUAAGUUUAAUUCAGAAACAUCUGUAAGCAGCCAGCACGGUUUAGUUCCAGUUUUCCCUCCUUCUGUGACGCUCUUCCAAAACCAAUCUGCUUCACCAACCGUGCCUCCGAAUACAUGCCUAGCACCUCAGGCAUCUAUUGUUCACCAGGACACUGAUAAAUUCAAACUCUGCGGCAACUCUGUUAUCACGCACACUGCCUCGGCAACACAGACCCAUAAUCCUGCUUCAACGACGUUUAGUCAGAACCAGAACCUAAUUCUUACAACUCAACAACAAGUGCCUUGUAACAUUUCACUGCAGCCUGCAGGAUUAACUCAACAAAAUGCACAUCAGACUCAUACAUACUUUGCCCUCUCCAAUUCUGGAGUGAAGCAGAAAAAGCAGCCCCAAAAAAUUGUUCCUGCUCCCCCUCAUCCAGAAACUGUAUCUUUACUUUUUGCACCUGCUUCUUUUCCAGGUCAAACUCAAGCUGUGAUUGUGUCUCCUGCAUCUCUUAAGACAGACAGCCUACUGGCUCCAAGAAUUACGCAACCCAAUGUUGUUAUUGCACCAGCUGGAAUUGCAGGAACAUCUGCAGUAGCAGAGUUCCGUAGCGGUAUUCUUCUUGGGCCAGCUCAGCAAUCUCAGGGCAGUCAAAAGUCCCAACCCAGGAUCUUCCCAAGCCUUUCUCCAGAGCCUUUUGUAAAAAGAGAGAAAACCCCCAAAAAGACAUCCAGUAGUGGACCUUCUCCUUCAUCCUGCCGAGAUUGUCAGAGUUCGAGGCAGGGGUCCCCGUGUGCUUCUGAACACAGCCUCAGCCCCCCACACAGCUCAGGAAAAUCCACAGCCGACUCCCACAACUUCCCAUUCAAGACUCAAAGAUUGAAGCAUAUUUCUGCUGAACAGAAAAGAAGGUUCAAUAUAAAAAUAGCUUUCAGCACACUAAAUAGCUAUGUAUCGCCCAGCACAAAACCGAUAAGUCAUGCAAUCACACUACAAAAGACAGUGGAGCAUAUUGCCAAAUUGCAGCAGGAAAGGACCCAUGUGCUGGAGGAGACCAGACGACUCAGGGAAGAAGUGGAAGAGCUAAAUGUUGCCAUAAGUUCUUGUCAGCAGCAGCUUCCAGCCACUGGGGUUCCUAUAGCUCGUCAACGAUUUGACCACAUGAGGGAUCUAUUUGAGAAGUAUGUGAAAAGACGAACUCUUCAGAAUUGGAAGUUCUGGAUUUUUAGUAUCAUCAUAAAACCGCUGUUUGAGUCUUUCAAUGACAUGGUGUCUACAGCCAGCAUCGAGGAGAUGUACAAUACCACUCGAGAGUGGCUUGAUCUGCACUGUUCACUUCCAUCAUUGAGGCCAAUGGUGCUAAGUACACUUACACAGCUGAGCACAACAACGUCCAUCCUCUGUGACCCACAUAGUCUACCAGAGCAAGCCAAGCAAGCUGUCAGUAGAAACAGUAAACGAGGAGGAGAGACUUAAAUGAUGGACCUGUGCCUCUGGGAUACCCAGAGGUAAAAGGCAAUCUUACAGUCUUACAUUGCGUGAGUUUCUGCAAACCACCUAUAACACUCCACACAGAGCAUCAUUGGAAUGGGGUCAACCUUCAAAUUUGUUCAUGGCCAUCAGGGAAUUUCCUACUCUGUGUUUAUGCACCGUGUUGAUUUCUUCUGUGAAACCCAGACAUGACCAGUGACCUCUGCAUUAAUGACCUCAAAUAAAAAAAACUAGAUUUGACUUCAAGAUCACAGAAACAAGACAUUAAAGGGAAAUGCAUUUCUGCGACUUCUUAAAACAAACAAAAAAAUUGUUUUGUUUUUUGGUCCCCCCCCCCCCCCCCCCCCUUUUUGUUGCACGUAAUGAACCUUUUACAAAUUGGUUACUGAACGGAUGGUUUUUAUAGGCUAUUUGUAUUUGCUUGUGUGGUUGACUCAUCUGGAGUUGGAAAAGUUAAAUAACAAGAGUAUAAGAAUGCGCUCUUUACAUUUUUAAACAGACUGCUCCUUCCAAUAUCCAUUCUUGGUUUAUACAUUGAACAAUCAAUCAUAUACCAGUAUAUUGUUUGACUCAGGUCUAUGCAGUUUUAUUUUAGGAAACAUUUUAGGUCGAAUACUAUGGUUUUAUAUUUUGGUGCCAGGGAUGACACUGAUGCAGUAAUACAUCUUGUGGCAUCGAGGAGCUGGAAUUAAGUGUCAAUUUUCUUAUAUUUGUUUAUUUAAGCUAUAGAAUCCCAGUGAGAAAUUUCAAGCAUUACCAUAUUUGUAUAAGAUAACUAACUAAACCAACAAGCAAUUGUCUGAUGGAAGUGUAUACAAAUACAAUGGGACUUGUUACAAUAUAGAUCUCAGACUGGUGUCCCAAAGGGCAGAAUCCGAGCAGGUUUUAGACCUUUAUUUCUGGUUUUCUCUCAGGUGCCACUUUCACAAGCUCAUAAUUGUGUUACUUGUUAAAAAGUAAAGCUAAUCAAAAUGUGAACUGUUUGGUGCCAUUUUUGGGAUGUAAUUACAAACCCUGAGAUUAAUGAAACACUUACUACUCUGAUUGUUCAGAUAGUGUUUGGCAUACAUAAAGAAUGUGUUGCCUAACUUGCUCCAAGCAGAAGGUUCAGCUAGAAUGUUAUAUAAAUAUGUUCAGAAGUGAUGUUGCUGGUCUUUUAUCUCACAAGUGUAAAUAAAAGCGGGGCUGUCCCUGUCAAAGUAAGGACUACUUUGUCUUAUGAAAUAGUAUUUCAUAAUGCUUGCAAUUACUCUAUUUCCUGUGCCAGAGAAGGUUUUCCCACAAUACUCACCCUUCUCUUUGGCACAGGAAAUGAAGCAGACUUAAGCUACUUAUUUGGUCAAAGAAAGUCAGGUGUAGGAAAAAUACAUGAGACAAAGUAGUCUCUACUUUGUUUUAUGUUUUAAAGAAAUCUAGAUUAGAAAAAUGAACAGAUUCUGAAAAGGGAGAGAAGGGCAAACAAUAGGAGAAAGGGAAGUUUGAGGUGACAGUGCCGCUUUAAGGGAUGCUUUUGUCCUAGAGGAGGGGUAGACCACCUCCGUCACUCUACAUGUUGUUGACUACACCUCCCAUAAUGCUCUUACAGUCCUAAUGCUACCAUAAUAUAAAGGGUGAUGUAGUCCAAAAUAUCUGGGAUGCAAACGGUUGCAUCUCCCUGUCCUAGAGAAUUUGCACCAUUUUUUUUUUCCUUUCAAUCACCAUGUUCCACUAGAAUAUUUAUUUGAAUUUGAAUUAGCUUGAGGGAAUAUUUUGGAUAAAGCCCUGAAAUAAGGUUCAGAAUAUCACAUUAUGAUCUGUGUUGGAGAAGAUUUAUCUUGGGAGGCAGAAAUUAAUCUUGGCAAGGUUAGGAGACUGUCCUUAAAAUGUGAACAGAUGUUGGAAGUGGUGAUAAGCUUUUAUUUUUUUUGUUACAUGCAGUAUUUUCAACAGCAUAAAGAAAUCCUGUCACAUAAUAUAUUUCUUUGAUAUAUAUUUUUCUUUUUAACAAAACUCCUAUCAACACCUAAUUUAAUGUUUAGUAACUAUAGUAACUAUUUUUUUUUCCGCAGCUGUAAUAUCCAAAAUACUAAUCUAUUGAUUAAUAAAUUAAAAAAAAUGUAAAAAGUUGAUUCCUGGGAGAAAGAAAUACUCAAAUACAGACAUCCCUUGCUGGCGUCACAGUCUACUCACAGGAGGUCAGCAGCUGCUGGUGGUGCGCAUGGUUUUGCAUCUUGGCAGAGCUGGAAGUAAAUAUAUAAGGAGAAGAGGGUAUGAUGUGGAAAAUAAUGUGUGGUGUUUGUGUGAGCAAGUCUGCCGUGUGUGUGUGUGUGAUGAGUGAACAGUUGUGAUAUGGUCUGCCUGUAAUUAUAAACCAUCAUUUUAAGGGCAGAAAUGUUCUUCUGAAGUAUAGCUGGUCUUUGGUUAAGCACAGCCUGUCUGGUUUUUCAUUAGAUUAGUCAUUCAUUUAUCUGCUUGGCCGGGGAAGCCAGUAUUUCUGCUCUGUGAACAUCUUCAUUUGAUUGAAGCAUUAGAUGUUCCUACCAAGAAUGCAAAGUGAUCUAUCUGAGGCACUGAGGUUUAUUAAUCACUGACUGGUCAGUACUCUACACACAGACACACACUGAAGUGAGAAUUUCCUUCAAUCAAAGUGAAUUUCACAAUUUAGACCAAAAUAGCAUAUUUAGAAAACAUCUCCAUGUCUAUUUUGUGUUCCGUUUAGGUCUUACAUUUGAAGCUCAUUUUAAAUUCUCACUUUAGUUAAUAACCAUGAUAGUGGAAAUAUCUCCGAUUAAGUUGAUGGGGUACUAUAAAUAGGUUCUGUUUGUUUGUUUUUUUAUUUUAUUUUUAUUCUCUCCUUUGGUACUCAAAGAGUGAGCUCCCUUCUAUGUAAUAAGCUGUGCUUAAAUGGGAUUUCCAUAUGACCUGUUACCUCCUCUUUAUCUACAUGCAUUUCCACAUACAAAAUAUAUCCAUAAAUAUAAAUGUAUAAAUAAUCUAUUUGCUGUUAACAUUUUAUUGUUCAUUGCAUGGGUUCAAUGUUUACCAGCAACAAAAAUAAAGCAAUAAGCAUUUGACAUCA